AUGCAUCUUAUGGUACCGCUGAAGCCCGAAAUUUCAAACUGGUCGAAGUGUGUGUGUGGCUGUCAAACAUACAUGUAAUAUUGUAUAAUGAAACGGUGUUUAUUUAUAUUAUGAGGAUCGCUAGUAUAUUUGAAGAAAUAUAUUAGAAUUGCGGGCGAUUAUUAAUGAAGCCAUUUUUAAAACUAUAUUGCACUUAGCCUAGAUGAAAAAAUUGUUUACUUGUCAGAAAGAGUAGUUUUUAAGAUUUUCAGUGGCUUGCAAUUUAGUGCUAACUUGAAUAUGUUAAUAAUUGUAAUACUGUAAAAUAGCAUAUAUUGCGAAUUUCAUACAUCAGUGGAGGAUUACGCUUACCAUACAGUUUUGCCAAGGACUAAAAUGGAUGAAGUAGUUCUGAAAAAUCUGAAACAGCAGUUGAUGUCUAGAAAUGUAGAGCUGCAGAUGGAAGCUGUUUCCCUCAUCACACAGUCCCUCAAGGCUGAUGUCACCAAAGAAGGAAGUAGUAUGUGUCAAAUAAAAACUCUCAGAGAUGUUCUUCUUGAUGCAGAUAUAACAGAAUUCCUUUGUGAAGCCAUGGCAACUGUGCACAGUCAUUUGUUGGAAGCAAUAUUUGCGUGUUUAGAGCAUCUAGCAAAGAGCAAGAAGUUUUAUAACAACAGCCAUGUUCUUUAUGUUGUUGAAUGCCUGAUAAGAGCUAUCCAUUUCCUCACUAAGCAACAUAACUCCUUUCACAUACUGAACAGAGCGCUAACAUUACUUGCUGGACUAUUGAAAGGGUUCAUCAAAUUUAAUGGCUCUAAAGCAUUGCAGAUGGGUGCACUUAAUGUGUGUCAAGUGCUUGAGAUGACAAGGAGCGUUCUGAGUGACACGCACAAUACUUGGAAUGAAACAGUGAUUUCUGUGAGUUGGGUACUCAGCAACCUUGUUGAAGGAAGGAACUUUGCUAGUCAGCUUGAUAUGACAUCAUUACAGUUGUUUGUCACUGUACUGGAGACUUGUAUAGCAAUGCUGUCUGCAAUUGUCAAGAAUCACAAAGUAAGAGACCAAAACGCAGAAAAUACUAAAAGAGAAGCUGUUUUACUGAUGAGUUGUAUUACUCUGUCAGUGGCAAGAUUGUGUUCAACUCUCUCAUGCAGCAAAGGGUUGGAGAACAGAUGUGAUAAAAUGACUGAAAUGCAAUAUUUUCCACUCAUUACUAAGUACACAAGGAAGAUAAUGGAUGUAUUGUUGGAAUGCAUCCAGGUUGUCAGUGCUCCUUAUAUACUGGAAAUAGAUAUGGAUAUAUCAAAUAUGGAGUUGUUUUGCCAGUUCUUAUGCAGUCUAAAAUUGAUAUACUGUGAGCCUGUGAAGGAGCUGGAUACUUUCCAGUUAUCACAUCGCCUUGGAGAACUGGGAUAUCUGACAUUCUUGCCUGUGAUAUCAAGUUGGAGUGCUCACAAGUGUAAAGAUGGAAGUUCACUGAAUUCUAUAUGCACAUCUCUUUUGGGAGAGCUGCUGUCUUCUAUGUCAGCCAGUAUACUGAAUGUAGAAGAUCUCUGGCCUGGUGGUUUAGCUGCUUUCCAUAACCAUCUGCAAACUGGUUUGGGAUUCCUUCCGGUUGAGUGUUCAUACUGGUUGCAGGCUCUGUAUAAUCAAGAUGUGCCUCACUCCCUCCAACAUGCAGUCAUCAUAUUCACUUAUUUCCUGUGCCUAUGUGCUUCAAGGUAUCAUCACUGGCAUGCUGCAGUCCAGUUCGUAUGGCACGAGCAACAAGAGUCUUACUGGAGUUACUGGGGCAGCAGAUCCAGUUAAGGAAUGUGUACACCCAUCACCCUGCUAUGCUAUACUGGGCGUUCUCAUCUCCGUGGACUCAUCCUUCAA